AUGCUCUACUGCCAGCUUGUGAACAUAAGUCUUUUCCUAUCCCUUUGCGCUAAAGGGUUGAGCCGACUGGUCACUAUACCAACGAUACCAUUUACCGGAACGGACGGCACAUAUUCUCUGGAUCAACUUACCAGUAUCAUUGUCGAUGCACGCUAUGUCAACGCUGUAGAUCAGGAUGGCCAAACCCUAAUACCGCCCACAUUGCAACAGUUCGCCGAAACAUUCCAGAAGGACCUUCAGUCCUCCGUAGGGAUCGAUAUACCACUCACGUCUAGCAGCACGGCUGCAGCCAAUUCAAUCUUCUUCACAAUUACUAAUGAAACUGGAUUCCACGAUGUUGCUGGGAGAUUUACCUCAGAAGCAUACACCCUGAAAAUAGACGAGAACGGCGUCAAAAUUUCUGGAGCAAGUCCCCUAGGUACUUGGUGGGGAUCUCGAUCAUUGAUUCAAGCAGCGAUCGUCAAUGGCCACACUCUUCCUCAAGGAUCCGCAGUAGAUGCUCCUGGAUGGGCUAAUCGAGGUGUCAUGUUAGAUGCUGGGCGCCACUAUUACCCGCCUGAAUUCCUGAUUGAGAUGUGCGCGUAUCUCUCCUUCUUCAAGCAGAACUUAUUCCAUGUGCAUCUCAGCGAUAAUCUCUACAACAACCUAAAUCGAUAUUCCACUAAAGAGUCAAUGGAUCUGUAUGCAGCUUUCCGUCUCUGGUCGGACGACCCUGCGGUAGCUGGGCUCAACAAACGUGUGAAUGAAUCAUACACCCGGGAACAAUUCGACGAUGUCCAGCAGCAAUGCGCCCUACGAGGAGUCACUAUUGUCCCUGAGAUCGAAGCCCCGGGCCAUGCACUCGUCAUUUCCCAAUGGCGGCCUGAGCUAGCCCUUCCCGAUCUCAGUAUGCUCAACAUCACUCACCCGGAUACCAUCUCUACGAUGAAAUCCAUAUGGAAGACCUUCUUACCUUGGUUCCACAGUAAGACAGUCCACAUAGGUGCAGACGAAUACGACAAAGGUCUGGUGAAUGACUAUACAGAUUUCGUCAACACAAUGCGUGAUUAUAUCUCCAGUGAGUCCGACAAGUACACGAGAAUCUGGGGCACAUUCACCCCUUCCCAAGGUGCCGAUGUAUCAACAGAUAUAUCCAUCCAGCAUUGGGAAUUCUUCGAAGAUAACCCUUACUUCGACUACAUUCAGAACGGCUAUAACGUACUCAAUUCUGAUGAUGGAUUCUAUGUGGUUGGCAAAUGGUCCAGUAGUUACCCAUCGACGCUGAACAAGACUCGUGUGUUCCACGGUAAUCCUGCCGGCGGAGCGUUUGCCCCUAACAUCUUUGAUACCAAGAACGCCACUAACAAUCCUCCCCGAGACAACCCACAAGUACUUGGCCACAUUGCCGCGUUGUGGAAUGACUAUGGUCCAAACUCCACUACUGUUCUCGAGGCAUAUUAUUCGUGGAGGGAUACGCUUCCAGCCUUGGCUGACAAGCAAUGGGGCGGAGACCUCCUCGAGGAAGAAUACGAUGCAGUAUUCGAUAAGAUCCACGCCGUGACUCCGGGUCAGAACCUGGAUCGCCAGGUACGGAGUAAAACUGAUACAAUUCUAUACUAUAACUUCGACGAGGGCUCUAAGACUAUCGUCGAACAUUCUGGAAACGGAUAUCAUGGCGUUGUACGGGGAUGUUGUGUCCAAGGCUCUGCUCUUGUGUUUUCUAAUGGCUGCUAUGUGGAGACACCUCUAGGUAGCAAGGGGAGAGACUACACUUUGUCAUUCUGGGUGAACCCCACCUCACAAUCCCCCGGUACUCUGUUUGCCGGGCCUGACUCGAUGCUCCUAAAUGGGAAUGGGUCGAUCAGCAAUGUUACCUUGAUUAGCGGUGGCAACCCAUACUCACUUAACUACAGUCUUCCUGUGGAUAGGUGGACAAAGGUGUCUCUAAUUGGAAAAGGCGAUCGGACUCUACUUAGAGCGUCCAGUUCGGACGGAGAGUCAACAAGCAUGGAGUUCCUCGCUCGCCUGGGGAUCAAUGGCGAGAAGCAGGUUUGGGCACCUGUCGGGAUUGAAGCUCCACUAGCGCGGAUUGGGGAAGGCUUCGAUGGAUUGAUGAAAGAGAUCGUUCUUCGAGGGAGUGCCGAUUAA